AUGGUCUACCGAAGCACUCGUUCUGACCGCAAGAAGCAGGCCUUUAUUGGCUUGCUAUUCGCCGCCACAGCCAUGGCUAAGGCUGUGCCUGCUAGGUCCUUCCAGCACAAUGCUUUCACACGACGAAGCAAUACCGAGAUGCUGCCAUACCGCGAUGCAUCGCUCUCGGUGGACGAGCGCGUUGACGAUCUGAUCCAACGCAUGACCUUGGAAGAGAAGGCCGGACAGCUCUUCCAGAAUGCCUUGAACCUCCCAGCCAAUGGCAGUAGCACACUUGUUAAUACCACCGUACUUGCAAUUGAGGGUAACUUUCAAACGCACUUCAACCUUGCCGGAGCUGUCGACAGCCCGCGUGUCGCAGCCCUGUGGCACAACAACGUUCAGCAAUCUGCCUUGAAUACACGUCUCGGCAUACCCGUUACCAUGUCUUCGGAUCCUCGGAACUCCUACAUAGAUGCUGUUGGAUCGCAGAUCGCCGCUACCGCUUUCUCGCAGUGGCCUGGGAGUCUUGGUCUUGCGGCACUGAGGGACGCAAGCCUGGUCAAGAAAUUCGCAAACAUCGUUCGUCAAGAGUACCUGGCUAUUGGUCUCCGAUCAGCACUUCAUCCACAGGUUGAUCUUUCGACUGAACCUCGCUGGGCAAGGAUUGGAGGAACAAUGGGCGAAGACGCCAACCUUACAGCUGAGCUUGUUGUUGCGUACAUCCAAGGCUUCACCGGGGAUGAGUUCGGCAACCAGUCCGUCACCACCGUGACGAAGCACUUUCCCGGCAGCGGCCCGGUCGAGGAUGGCGAGGACAGCCACUUCACGUAUGGCAAGAACGCCACCUACCCCGGCAACAACUUCGAGCACCAUCUCAUCCCCUUCAAGGCCGCCAUAAAGGCCGGCGCCCGCCAGAUCAUGCCUUACUACUCCCGUCCUAUGGGCACCAAGUAUGAGGAAGUCGCUUCUGGCAUGAACAAGGGCAUCGUCACCGACCUUCUUCGUAACGAGCUCGGCUUUGACGGCAUCGUAGUCACCGAUUGGGGUCUCGUCACCGACGGCGUGAUCCGUGGACAAGACAUGCCAGCGCGCGCUUGGGGCGCCGAGAACCUGACCGAGAUCCAGCGCGCUGAAAAGAUUCUGAAUGCAGGCGCCGAUCAGUUCGGCGGAGAAAAGCGCGUUGACCUCAUCCUCCAACUCGUCGGCAACAACACUAUCACCGAGGACCGUAUCGACAUAUCUGUGCGUCGCUUGCUGCGCGAGAAGUUUCUCCUCGGUCUCUUUGAGAACCCCUUCGUUGACGUCGACGCAGCGGAUAAGCUCGUCAACACACCAGAGUUCAACGCUGCUGCUCAAGAUGCGCAGCGCAAGUCCUUCACCCUCCUGACUAACAACGCCACCGUCCUGCCGCUCAAGCACGAUAAGCGAGUCAAGUUCUACACUGAGGGUCUUAACACUACCCUCCUUGCUCAGCGCAAAGUCACCGUCGUUGCUACUCCCGAGGAGGCUGAUAUCGCCCUCAUCCGUCUUCAGGCACCCUACGAGCCGCGCCCCGGCGGUUUCGAAAAGAGCUAUCACGCCGGGAGCCUCGAGUACAAUGUCACCGAGCGCGCGCGCCAGGCCGCCAUUUACUCUACCGUGCCCACUAUUGUCGACAUCUUCCUUGAUCGUCCUGCGGCUAUCCCCGAGAUCGCGGAGCAGGCGAAGGCCCUCAUGGCUAACUAUGGUGCCUCGGGUGAGGCAUUCUUGGAUGUCGUUUUUGGUGCUGAUGGGUAUAAGCCGCAGGGGAAAUUGCCGUUUGAUCUACCCAGGAGCAUGGAGGCGGUUGAGGCGAGUAAUGGGGAUGUCCCCUUCGAUACUGUGAACCCCGUGUUCAGGUUUGGACAUGGAUUGAGCUACGAGGACUGUUAG